UAAUCGAUCUAAGUCUCUGCAGAGCCUUUCUUCCUUCCAAUAGGUCAACACAAUCUCCCAGCUUAGUGUCGUCAGCAAAUUUGCUAAUGAAAGACUCGAUGUCCUCAUCCAUAUCGUCUGUAAAAAUAUUAAACAGAACUGGCCCCAGAACAGAGCCCUGAGGGACACCACUGGUGACUGGCCGCCAGCUGGAUGCAGCACCACUAUGUGGUGACACCUGUUGGGAACUACACUUAUGGCCUGACCGAAUUUGUGGUGGCUGCUGGUGCCACCACCACUGCUAUCAGCAUCACCACCACUGCCACUUUCCACUAUGCUGGGGCCACCUACAUCCCCGGCACCAUGCUCCGCCUGUUUCUGCAGCCACCCCUACACCGCUCUCCUGUGAGGAUUUGGUAUGCAAGGAUAGGUGCAAGAUGGUGGAGGGAAUACCAGAGUGUGUCCAGGAGACUUUCUCCACCUGUUGGCUCGCUGGUGGGCCACACUACCGCAGUUUUGAUGGAAAAACCUUUGAUUUCAUGGGAACAUGUGCCUACACUUUGACCACCAUCUGCAAUCCCGAUUCCACCCUUCCUGCCUUCUCUGUUGAGGUCAAAAAGAAGGAAAAUGAGAACUCCAAAGUUUCCUCUAUCAGCUCCAUCACCAUCCGUGUCGACAACGUCACUGUCACUGCUGUCCAAUCAGAGAAUGGGAUGGUGAGGGUGAACAACCACCGCUCGCGCCUCCCCAUCUCCCUCUCCCAUGGGAAACUCCGCAUCUACCAGAAGGGUAAAUCUGUGUUGAUCCAAUCAAAUUUCAAGCUGAAGGUCCUCUACAACUGGGAUGAUCAUGUAGUGAUCAAACUUCCAGCUGCUCUUUCUGGGAAAGUCUGUGGAAUGUGUGGGAACAGCAACGGGGACCCCCGAGAUGAUGCUCUCUCUCCUGAUGGAAAGCAGGUGUGGGAUAUUGUGGAGCUGGGGCGGAGCUGGAAGGUCACCAGUGAGAGUGGCCACUGCAAGGACAGCUGUGAUGGCGACUGUGGGCGGUGUAGAUGGGACCAGGUUGUGACAUACAAGGCAGAGACCUGGUGUGGGAAGUUGUCCCAACAUUCCGGGCCGUUCCGGCUGUGUCAUGACACUAUCAGUCCCAGUAUCUACGUGAAGAACUGUAUCUAUGACCUGUGUGCCAAUGAGGGGCGUCAAGACGUGCUGUGCCACACCCUCCAGAUUUAUGCUGAUGACUGCCAAGAGGAAGGGAUCAACCUUUUGGAUUGGAGGGCAACAGUAGGAUGUUAUUUGAAGGAUGCUUUCUAUUGCCUCCCUCUCCAUGAAGCCAGCCAGAAAAUUUUUGCAUUUGAAUGGGAGAAUCGCAAAACUGGAUGUAAAACUCAGCUCACAUGGUGUGUACUACCCCAAUACGUUCAAGAACUCCCCUACCAUAUUUGGAGAACAGCUGGCAAAGGAUUUGGAGUCUUGGGAACCCCCACCAGGAGAAGGACAGCUGCUUCAGAACGUGGUUGACUGUUUAAUAGCCACCCAGACCUAAGAGGCAUGUGUGGAUUGAACGGUAAGCCUCCUAAACUUUUUGGUCCUGUAGGGCUACCAGGUAUUCCAAAAGAAAGCCCAAAUGGUGAAACAAACAGUUAUUUACCUGGGCUAUGAAGUAAGUGCUGGACAAAGGACCUUGGGUUAAGACCUCAAAGAAGCAAUAUGCCAAACCCCAAAAUCCCAGACAGUAAAAGAGCUGAAAACCUUUCUGGGCAUGACGAGGUGGUGCAGACUGUGGAUUUAUAACUAUGGAUUGUUCGCUAAACCCCUGUAUGGCUUAAUCACGGAAGGGAGCAGGGAUCUUCAGUGGACAACUGAAGCAACAAGAGCCUUCAACCAACUAAAGAAAGCUUUUAUGUCAGCUCCAGCCCUGGGACUUCCAGAUGUGAGUAAACCAUUCUUUCUGUUUUCUCACGAAAAACAAGAGAUUGCUCUGGGAGUACUAGCACAGGACCUGGGGCCGUACCGGAGCGCAGUUGCCUACCUCUCCAAACAGCUGGACACGACAGCCAACGGGUGACCAGGGUGCCUCAGAGCUGUUGCAGCCGUAGCAGUGAACAUCCAAGAGGCACGCAAAUUCACCCUAGGCCAGAAGAUGACCAUGCUAGUAUCCCACACAGUGUCUGCAGUCCUGGAGGUGAAAGGGGGACAUUGGCUUUCCCCACAAAGAUUUCUAAAGUACCAGGCCAUACUGGUAGAACAAGAUGAUGUUGAAAUUGUGGUAACUAACACUGUGAACCCAGCUUCUUUCCUCAGCGGGAGUAUGGGAGAACCAGUGAUCCACGACUGCCUGGAAACCAUUGAAGCCACCUACUCCAGUCACCAGAUCUGAAGGACAGCCCUCUUGAGGACGCUGAGAGCUGUUUCACUGAUGGGAGCAGCUAUAUCAUCAGUGGAAAAAGACAUGCUGGGUAUGCAGUUGCCACAAGCAGAGAGGUAAUAGAAUCUGGACCAUUGCCAACAAAUACCUCUGCACAAAAAGCUGAAAUAAUCACCUUAACCCGGGCCUUAGAGCUUGUAAAAGGAAAAGAAAUCAACACUUAUACAGACUCAAGGUAAGCAUUUGCAGUGGUUCAUGCACACAGAGCUAUUUGAAAAGAAAGAGGACUGCUGAACUUACAAGGGAAGAAUAUUAAAUAUUCACAAAAAAUACUAAGACUAUUAGAUGCAGUUCAGUUACCUGAAAAAGUAGCUAUUAUGCACAUCAGGGCACACCAAAAAGUGAGCUCAGAAUUGGAAGAAGGAAAUAUGCUGGUGGACAGAAAGGCAAAAGACACAGCCAAAGGUGGGGUACCCAAUGAAAUAGUUGAGGCAGUGUUAAUUCCAGAUGGAAGAAUUUCUAUUGAAGGUAAGCCAGUAUACAACAAAAAAGAUAAAAAACUUAUUAAGGAAGAGGAAGCAACUUAUAACCAGGGCUGUAACAAAAAAAGGAAAAAUUGUGGUACCUUCCUAUUUAUUAUCAUUAGUGCUAAAAGAACAUGAGAAAACACAUUGGAGAAUAGAUGCCCUGUGUAACUAUUUAAAAGACAGGAUCCUAGCUAGAAAAUUACGGAGCACAGUAACACAAGUAACUCGUCAGUGUGGUCUUUGCCUCCAAACUAAUCCAAAAAACAUUCCAAAGCCUAAAGUUGGACUAAUUGUGGACCUGGGCAGCAAUGGCAAAUUGAUUUUACAGAAUUGCCCAGGAAAGGGCAGUAUCAUUACCUAUUAGUGUUAACAGAUACCUUUUCAGGAUGGCCAGAAGCCUUCCCUACUAGGACAGCUAAGGCACGAGGAGUGACCAAGGCACAGUUACAAGAAAUAAUACCACACUUUAGAGUCCCAGCCGCUGUCAGGUUAUGGUCAUUUUCUUUAAGGAAC